AUGUACCUGAGGAGCAUUACCCGCGCCCCUUACCUGCUCUGUGCCGGGAUCUGGCAGCACCCACAGGGGUUAAUUCGGCGGAGGCAAUCGGGAUGGUGCCAUUAUAAAGCCGUGAUCUUUGACGCAAGCGGAGUGCUCCUUCCGGCCCCUUACAAGACAGCCGCGGACUGGGAGGCCCGGAAUUGUAUUCCAGCCGGCACCAUCCAGCAAGCUAUACUCUCUGGAGGGGAAAAUAGUCCCUCUCUGAAGUACACAAGAGGAGAGCUGACGACUGUGGAGUUUUUGCAGGAAUUGGGACAGCAGUGCUUUGAGAUUGCAAAUAUCUGUGUUCCAGUGGACUCUUUUCUCUUGGACUUGAUCAAAAAUGAGAUGAUAAAACAGCUCCCCAUAAUGGCAGAAGCAGUACAGUGUAUCCGUGCAGAAGGUCUUAAGACAGCUCUUCUAAGCAACAGCUUCUGUCUGCUGAAUGGAGAGGGCUUUCUGCCCCUAGACCGAGAGCACUUUGAUGUGAUGGUUGAAUCCUACCAGGAAGGAAUGCGCAAGCCAGAUCCUCGUAUCUACAAGCUGUGCUUGGAGCGCUUGGGUGUUCAGCCCCAGGAAUCCAUCUUCCUCGACAGCAGCAGCCAGAACCUAGAAGCAGCAGCCCAGCUUGGCAUUAAAACAGUGAAGGUUGAUGAUCCAGAAGUAGCACUCAAAGAGCUAGAAACCUAUCUGGGUUUUCCUUUGCAAGGGUUUGUUCCAUACACUCGUUCAGUGAGACCAAGCAUGGAAAUCCCAAAAGAUCGUCUGCAAAAGUACCUUGAAAACGUUCUCAGUGACCAGGCAACAGGCCCACUAGUAUUACGGCAAUUUGGCCACGGACAGUCUACCCGGACCUAUUACGUCAAGUUUGGAGAUCGCUUGCUGGUGCUGAAGAAGGAGCCCUCUGACAGUCUGCAUCCCUCAGGCCCUGCUGUCAGAAGGGAAUACAGGGUACUGAAAGCACUCGCUGAGGCUGGUGUUCCUGUUCCCACUGUACUUGCUCUCUGCGAGGACAGAAGCACCCUUGGCACACCUUUCUACCUGAUGGAGUACUGUGCUGGCUGUGUCUACAGCGACGUCUCCCUGCCUGGGCUGCAGCCUAGCCAGCGGAGGGCUAUUUAUGCUGCCAUGAGUGAAGUCCUCUCCAAGAUCCACAGCGUAGACCUCAGAGCAGCCAAACUGGAGGACCUGAGGGAGCAUGGUGAUUACAUUCAGUGGCAAGUUAAGACCUGGACAAAGCAGUAUCGAGCUAUGGAAACUCAUGUUAUCCCAGCCAUGGAGAGACUCAUCGAGUGGUUGCCUCUGCAUUUUCCUGAAUCUCAGAAGACAACAGUCGUGCAUGGUGAUUUCAGGAUGGACAACCUGGUCUUUCAUCCAGACAGGCCAGAAGUCCUUGCUGUCCUUGGCUGGAAGCUUUCAACUCUAGGAGAUCCCAUCUCUGAUUUGGCGAAUAACUGUAUGGCCUACUUCCUGCCACCUCACUUUAAUGCACUGAGAGGCUUGAGGAAGUGUGAUUUGGGGCACCUGGGAGUCCCCACGGCAGAGGAGUAUUCCCGGAUGUACUGCAGCCACAUGGGAGUGGAGCACCCUGAGAACUGGAAUUUCUACAUGGCCUUUGCCUUUUUCCGACUGGCUGCAAUGCUGCAGGGACUUUACAAACACUCUCUGGAAGGUGAAAGCAGCCCAGAGGAUGCAGAAUUUGUGGCUGACCUGGCUUGGGAGUUUGCCAUAAAAGAAGGAUUCCGUGUGUUUGACAGCCUCCCCACCACAAAACCUCUCGCACGAUCUUACAGCACCUGGGCCAGGCGAGGGCCAGUCCUCAGCAGGAGCUAUG